CCGCCGCCGCCAUGCCCUUCUCCAACAGCCACAACACGCUGAAGCUGCGCUUCCCAGCGGAGGACGAGUUCCCCGACCUCAGCAGCCACAACAACCACAUGGCCAAGGUGCUGACCCCCGAGCUGUACGCCGAGCUGCGCGCCAAGAGCACGCCGAGCGGCUUCACGCUGGACGACGUCAUCCAGACCGGAGUGGACAACCCGGGCCACCCCUAUAUCAUGACCGUGGGCUGCGUGGCCGGCGACGAGGAGUCGUACGACGUGUUCAAGGAGCUCUUUGACCCCAUCAUCGAGGACCGGCACGGCGGCUACAAGCCGGGCGACGAGCACAAGACCGACCUGAACCCCGACAACCUGCAGGGCGGCGACGACCUGGACCCCAACUACGUGCUGAGCUCCCGCGUGCGCACCGGCCGCCACAGUGCGGGGAGGAGGCCUGACUGUGCCCCCCCCCCCAGGCACAAUGACAAUAAAACCUUCCUGGUGUGGAUCAACGAGGAGGACCACCUGCGGGUCAUCUCCAUGCAGAAGGGGGGUAACAUGAAGGAGGUGUUCACCCGGUUCUGCAAUGGCCUCACCCAGAUCGAAACCCUCUUCAAGUCCAAGAACUACGAGUUCAUGUGGAACCCCCACCUGGGCUACAUCCUCACCUGCCCAUCCAACCUGGGCACGGGACUGCGGGCAGGUGUGCACAUCAAGCUGCCCCACCUGGGCAAGCACGAGAAGUUCCCGGAGGUGCUCAAGCGGCUGCGGCUUCAGAAGCGAGGCACAGGUGGCGUGGACACCGCUGCUGUGGGCGGCGUCUUCGACGUGUCCAACGCGGACCGCCUGGGCUUCUCCGAGGUGGAGCUGGUGCAGAUGGUGGUGGACGGCGUGAAGCUGCUGGUGGAGAUGGAGCAGCGGCUGGAGCAGGGCCAGGCCAUCGACGACCUCAUCCCCGCCCAGAAGUGAUGCCUCGCCCGGCACCUGGCACAGCCACCAGCCCUGCUGCUUCCUAACUUAUUGCCUGGGCAGUGCCCACCGUGCACCCCUGAUGCUCGCCGCCUGGCGGCUGAGCCCUUAGCCUCGCCGUAGAGACUUCUGUUGCCCUAGGUAGAGUUUAUUUUUGUGAUGGUCAAGAUGUUGCUGAUGCUGAAAUAAACUAGGGUUUUGGCCUGCCCUGA